AUGGCGGGCAACGAGUGGAUCAAUGGGUACCUGGAGGCGAUCCUCGACAGCCGCACCUCGGCCGGGGGAGGAGGGGGAGGCGGCGGCGGCGGCGGCGGGGACCCCAGGUCGCCGGUGGCGGGGGCGUCGCCGACGAAGGGGGCGAGCCCCCGCGGCCCGCACAUGAACUUCAACCCCUCGCACUACUUCGUCGAGGAGGUGGUCAAGGGCGUCGACGAGAGCGACCUCCACCGGACGUGGAUCAAGGUCGUUGCCACACGCAACGCCCGCGAGCGCAGCACCAGGCUCGAGAACAUGUGCUGGCGGAUCUGGCACCUCGCGCGCAAGAAGAAACAGCUGGAGCUGGAGGGCAUCCAGAGAAUCUCGGCACGAAGGAAGGAACAGGAGCAGGUGCGCCGUGAGGCGACUGAGGACCUGGCCGAGGAUCUGUCAGAAGGUGAGAAGGGGGACACCCUCGGCGAGCUUGCGCCGGUUGAGACGGCCAAGAAGAAGUUCCAGAGGAACUUCUCUGACCUUACCGUCUGGUCUGACGACAAUAAGGAGAAGAAGCUUUACAUUGUGCUCAUCAGUGUGCAUGGUCUAGUUCGUGGCGAAAACAUGGAACUAGGUCGUGAUUCUGACACCGGUGGCCAGGUGAAAUAUGUUGUCGAACUUGCAAGAGCGAUGUCAAUGAUGCCUGGAGUGUACAGGGUGGACCUCUUCACUCGUCAAGUGUCAUCUCCUGACGUGGACUGGAGUUAUGGUGAGCCAACGGAGAUGUUAUGCUCCGGUUCCAAUGAUGGAGAGGGGAUGGGUGAGAGUGCCGGAGCCUACAUUGUGCGCAUACCGUGUGGGCCACGGGACAAAUACCUCAAGAAGGAAGCACUGUGGCCUUACCUCCAAGAGUUUGUCGAUGGAGCUCUGGCGCAUAUCCUUAACAUGUCCAAGGCUCUGGGAGAGCAGGUUGGAAAUGGGAGGCCAGUACUGCCUUAUGUGAUACAUGGACACUAUGCCGAUGCUGGAGAUGUUGCUGUUCUCCUUUCCGGUGCGCUGAAUGUGCCCAUGGUGCUCACUGGUCACUCACUUGGGAGGAACAAGCUAGAGCAACUGCUGAAGCAAGGGCGCAUGUCCAAGGAGGAGAUAGAUUCAACCUACAAGAUCAUGAGGCGUAUCGAGGGUGAGGAGCUGGCCCUGGAUGCGUCAGAGCUUGUUAUCACGAGCACAAGGCAGGAGAUUGAUGAACAGUGGGGAUUGUACGAUGGAUUUGACGUCAAGCUUGAGAAAGUGUUGAGGGCCCGGGCGAGGCGUGGGGUUAGCUGCCAUGGUCGUUUCAUGCCUAGGAUGGUGGUGAUUCCUCCAGGAAUGGACUUCAGCAAUGUUGUGGUUCCUGAAGACAUUGAUGGGGAUGGUGACAACAAAGAUGAUAUCAUUGGUUUGGAGGGUGCCUCACCCAAGUCAAUGCCCCCAAUUUGGGCUGAGGUGAUGCGGUUCCUAACCAACCCUCACAAGCCGAUGAUCCUCGCGUUGUCAAGGCCAGACCCGAAGAAGAACAUCACUACCCUCGUCAAAGCAUUUGGAGAGUGCCGCCCACUCAGGGAACUUGCAAACCUUACUCUGAUCAUGGGGAACAGAGAUGACAUCGACGAUAUGUCUGCUGGGAAUGCCAGUGUCCUCACCACAGUUCUGAAGCUGAUUGACAAGUAUGAUCUGUAUGGAAGUGUGGCGUUCCCUAAGCAUCACAAUCAGGCUGAUGUCCCGGAGAUCUACCGCCUCGCGGCCAAAAUGAAGGGCGUCUUCAUCAACCCUGCUCUCGUUGAGCCGUUCGGUCUCACCCUGAUAGAGGCUGCGGCACACGGACUUCCAAUAGUCGCUACCAAGAAUGGUGGUCCAGUCGACAUUACAACUGCACUGAACAAUGGACUGCUCGUUGACCCACACGACCAGAAUGCCAUCGCUGAUGCACUGCUGAAGCUUGUAGCAGACAAGAACCUGUGGCAGGAAUGCCGGAGAAACGGGCUGCGCAACAUCCACCUCUACUCAUGGCCGGAGCACUGCCGCACUUACCUCACCAGGGUGGCUGGGUGCCGGUUAAGGAACCCAAGGUGGCUGAAGGACACACCGGCAGAUGCCGGAGCUGAUGAGGAGGAGUUCCUGGAGGAUUCCAUGGACGCUCAGGACCUGUCACUUCGUCUGUCCAUCGACGGUGAGAAGAGCUCGCUGAACACUAACGACCCACUGUCGUCGGACCCGCAGGAUCAGGUGCAGAAGAUCAUGAACAAGAUCAAGCAGUCGUCAGCGCUUCCGCCGUCCAUGUCCUCGGGCGGAGACGGUGCCAAGAAUGCAGCCGAGGCCACAGGCGGCACCAUGAACAAGUACCCACUCCUGCGCCGGCGCCGACGCCUGUUCGUCAUAGCUGUGGACUGCUACCAAGACGAUGGCCGUGCUAGCAAGAAGAUGCUGCAGGUGAUCCAGGAAGUUUUCAGAGCAGUCCGGUCGGACUCCCAGAUGUCCAAGAUCUCAGGGUUCGCGCUGUCGACUGCCAUGCCGUUGUCCGAGACACUCCAGCUUCUGCAGCUCGGCAAGAUCCAAGCGACCGACUUCGAUGCCCUCAUCUGUAGCAGUGGCAGCGAGGUGUACUAUCCUGGCACGGUGAACUGCAUCGACGCUGAAGGAAAGCUGCGCCCAGAUCAGGACUAUCUGAUGCACAUCAGCCACCGCUGGUCCCAUGACGGCGCGAGGCAGACCAUAGCAAAGCUCAUGGCCAGUCAGGACGGUUCAGACGACGCUGUCGAGCUGGACGUGGCGUCCAGUAAUGCACACUGCUUCGCGUUCCUCAUCAAAGAUCCUAAAAAGGUGAAAACGGUCGAUGAGAUGAGGGAGAGGCUGAGGAUGCGUGGUCUCCGGUGCCACAUCAUGUACUGCAGGAACGCCACAAGACUUCAGGUUGUCCCUCUGCUAGCAUCAAGGUCACAGGCACUCAGGUACCUUUUCGUGCGCUGGGGCCUAUCUGUGGGGAACAUGUAUCUGAUCAUUGGGGAACAUGGCGACACCGAUCUAGAGGAGAUGCUAUCUGGGUUACACAAGACUCUUAUCGUCCGGGGUGUCACCGAGAAGGGUUCGGAAGCGCUGCUGAGGAGCCCAGGAAGCUACAAGAGGGACGACGUCGUCCCGUCUGAGACCCCCUUGGCUGCGUACACGACUGGUGAGCUGAAGACCGAUGAGAUCAUGCGGGCUCUGAAGCAGGUCUCCAAGAUUUCCAGUGGCAUGUGA